GGCGGUCCCCCGGGUCCGGAAGCAGGAGGCGGCUCUGGCCUCGCGUUCUCUAUGAUGCGGGCGCGCGGAGCAUUGUGGGAUUGCAAGAUGGCGGCUCUCAGCGGCGUCCGGGCAGCUGCCAGGGGUGUCCUGUACUCCCAGAGCUGUGGAGUAUGGAGAAGCCUUGGCACCUCAGCUGCAAUUCUGCAGAGACAAGCCCAGGCAGAGAGCCCCAAGUCGGAGGGUGUCUUCCCAGUUACCAUGAUCCCAGGAGAUGGGGUGGGCCCAGAGCUGAUGCACUCGGUCAAGGAAGUUUUCAAAGCGGCUAGUGUCCCAGUGCAGUUUGAUGAGCACCACCUGAGUGAGGUGCAAAACAUGGCUUCAGAGGAAAUCCUGGAUCACGUUCUUGGCUCCAUGAAAAAGAGCAAGGUGGCUCUUAUAGGAAAGAUCCACACGCCCAUGGAAUACAAAGGGGAACUGGCUUCCUAUGACAUGAGGCUCAGGCGCAAGCUGGACCUCUUUGCAAAUGUGGUCCAUGUAAACAGCCUGCCUGGCUACAAAACACGGCACAACAACUUGGACCUAGUGAUCAUCCGGGAGCAGACAGAGGGGGAGUAUAGCUCUCUGGAACACGAGAGUGCAAAGGGCGUCAUCGAGUGCCUGAAGAUCAUAACUCGGGCCAAAUCGCAGCGCAUUGCUAAGUUUGCAUUUGAUUUUGCCACCAAGAAGGGGCGCUCCAAGGUCACGGCUGUGCACAAAGCCAACAUCAUGAAGCUGGGCGAUGGGCUUUUCUUGCGCUGCUGUAAAGAGGUGGCUGAGUUGUAUCCCAAGAUUAAAUUUGACACCAUGAUCAUAGACAACUGCUGCAUGCAGCUGGUGCAGAACCCCUACCAGUUCGACGUCUUGGUCAUGCCCAACUUGUAUGGCAACAUCAUUGACAAUCUAGCAGCCGGUCUGGUGGGUGGGGCUGGCGUGGUCCCUGGGGAGAGCUACAGCGCGGAGUACGCCGUCUUUGAGAUGGGCGCCCGUCACCCCUUCGCUCAAGCUGUGGGGAGAAAUAUCGCUAACCCCACUGCCAUGAUGCUCUCCUCUGCCAACAUGCUGCGCCAUCUGAACUUGGAAUAUCACUCCACCAUGAUCUCUGAUGCGGUGAGGAAGGUCAUCAAAGUAGGCAAAGUGCGGACAUGGGACAUGGGCGGUUACUCUACCACCUCUGACUUCGUCAAGUCUGUGAUUGAUCACCUGCACCCCCAUUAUGGUGCCUAGGGUUCUGGCCGGCCCUGCUUCCCCCUUCUCCGUCUGACACUCCCAGCCACGCAGAGACAUGCAGGCUCCAUGGACCCCUUUGGGCUGCCCCUCUCAGCAGAGCAGAGCUGCCUUCCGUCGCACAGUUGGAGCUGGCCAGCCUCUGCUGGGGAGGGAAUGUCUGCUUCUCAGCCCCCUUUCCCCCUCGUCCCUCAAACCUGGGAGUGGGUCCCACAGGGAGCCUGUGCCUGGCAGAAGGGUGUGUGUAGCGUUACUCACCUGCGGAAGGGGGUGGGUGAGAGGCUCCUGUGUGCUUUGAGCCAUGGGGAACUGCUGCAGCCAUGGUGUGCCCCCAGCAGGCCGGCUCUCUGCAGGCCUGCUAAGAAACUCUCUUCCUGCCCCACCCUCAAGACGUGGCUUUCAUGGGCCAGAAAACAGAUGCUAUGAGAGGCUGGGGUUCUGCACUGUGCUCUGCCUCUCCCGUCUUGGAGGGUGGCUCCCUUAACAGCUAGAGGUGCUCCCCUCCCCACAGAAAUCCAGACUGGCACUGGCCUUGCCCCCCUUCAAGGGGAAGGGUGUUUUCCUGGUAGCAGGUCCCUCUUCAGCAGAGCUGAACUCUGUAGGCUGUUUGUGACCUUUGUGGGGAAGGUCUGCCUUCUGCCCUAACGCUCUCGGGAGGAUGCCUCUUUGUGGCAGGCCAGGACCCCUUGGUUCCUGCAGUUCUGGGGGGGAGUGGGGAAAUCUUUGGACCUAGAGGCCUGCUGUGUGUGUGUGGUGGUUGGCAAUCAUGUGGGCUGUCUCGUUUUGGGAACUGGGAUGGAUUUCAGGAAGCAAAGUAGUGAAGGUUGCGGGCAGCUGCCUGUAUUUGUGUGUGUUGUCAUGACAUGGGCAGGGCAUCCUCUGUACUCACCUCUGAUUGUAGUCCGUGUUGAUUGUAAAUAAACCUGUAAGGCUUUUCUGCACCAAUGCUGCUCCCUUUUGGUGCUGUGUGUGUCCAAUUCCUGCUGCUGUCUCUGCUGUAGACCACAGAGAAGAUAGUAGGCCCUCUAGACUCAAAAUGAGACACUUGGAAUAUUUCCAGCCAUGGGCUACCACCUCCAUAAUCUUCCUGCUUCUGAAGUUUAAAUUUCCCUCCGAAAUGAAGUGAUGCUGCCGGGCUUCCUAGUCCUGCCCCAUACUAAUUUGCAUAAUGUAUGCACACAGUGGCUAACUGAGUAGUAAACAAUAAAAUAAAGCAUAGUAUCAACA